GCAUGACGCAAAUAGUAAGGGAUCAGCGGUAAACGAGGCCACGCAUUGUCUGCCCCCCGCCCUCCCUCUGCUUGUCAGGAAGAAAGCUGAUUGGCCGAGGCCUAGCAAAGGGUGCCCGGGGAUCCAAAACUGCAGGCCGCACUUAGCUUACCGUCAAAAAUAAACCAAAACAAUAACAGACAAAACUGAGAAGGGGGAGAAACACCGAUAGAGUCAGAAGACGACGCUAUCAGAGGCAUUGAUUAACUUGAUGGAAGGAAGCCCAUCAAAUAUCCUGUUGGUUGUAUUCUAAGGGUUUUGUCAUCAAAUGUGAAGGCUUUUCCCCAAGUAAAGACAUGGAUCAAGGAGGAGGUGUGUUGGAGCUACACACGCAGGAGCUGAAGAUGCCCCACGCAAUGAUCAUGCAAGACUUUGUUGCAGGCAUGGGGGGUCUGGCUCACAUUGACGGGGAGCACAUUGUGGUGUCUGUGCCCGAGGGUAUGCUUCUUUCUGAUGUGUUGACGGACGAGGGCAUCCUCCUGGAGCAUGAGCUUGAGGUGGAAGGCCUGGAGGCUCAUGUGGUUCAUGACCUGGAGACAGAGGUGGUUGAAGAACUGGAGACAGAAGUGGUGGAGAGCUUGCAUGUAGAUGUUGAUGACUUGGAGGCCGAAGUGGUUGACGAGCUACAGACGCACGUGGUAGAGCUGGAGUCUCAGGUUAUCGAGGGCCUCGAUGGUGAGGUGGAAGUGGAGGGUCUGGAGGCACAUGUGGUGGAGGGCCUGGAAACUGAGGUAGAUGUCGAGGGCCUGGAAGCUCACGUUGUGGAGGGCCUUGAGGAAGAAGUGGAAGUGGAGGGUUUAGAAGGAGAGGUUGUUGAAGGCCUGGAGGUAGAUGUGGAAAGUCUGCAGUCUCAAGGGGUCGAAGCCCAUGAAAUUACCUCUGAAGACAUGGAGCCCUCAGAACACAGCGUGAUCAUGCCUGAGAAUAUUCUAGGCACAGAGGUUGCAAUAGAGGAGGAUCUGGACCCCCAUCAUCAUCAUCACCAUCACCACCACCACCAUCAUCAUCAUGUCCUAACCUCAGACCUCAUCCAGGACUCGAACCACCACCAUGAUGACAUGCCAGACCAGGUGUUUGUGGCAGAGCUUCUGUCUGAGCACCAGGACAACACGCUGGACCACCAGCUGGUGUCAGAAGGCUUGAUGGUGACAGAGGCCAACUCCGAGACCAUAAUCCACGAACAGCUGCCAGCUGAGGCUGUUUCCCUGCAGACAGACGAGGAUGAUGAUGCAAGAAGCAGCUCUGAGGAUUACCUCAUGAUCUCCUUGGAUGAGGUGGGAGAGAAGCUGGACAUAGGAGACACUCCCCUGGAAAUCAGCACCGAGGUAAUGGAAGACAAGGAAUGUAAAGAGGAGGAAUGCUCCGAGGUUAUCAAAGUCUACAUUUUCAAAGCUGAAGCAGAUGACGAUUUAGGUGGAACAGAGGUAAUAACAGAGGAUGAUUACCAGAAUGGCCAUCCUGACCUCGAAGCUGCAUCAUCGGGCAGACUGGGAGUUGGCCGUGACAAGAUGGUCUACAUGGCAGUCAAGAACAAUCCAAAAGAAGAAGAUGAUGAUGAGGAUGACAGUGACGAGGAUGAGGAUGACGACAUCAGUAAUACCAUUGAUCAGGUAAAGAAUGGAGCAUCUACACCCUUUCUGCAAAUCCGAGAAGGGCUGGGCGCCAACCGUGUCCUCAAACCCAAGGCUAAGAAAAAGAAGAAAGGAGAAAUACGACAAUGUCAGACUGCUGUUAUCAUUGGACCAGAUGGCAUGCCUUUGACCGUCUACCCCUGCCACUUAUGUGGAAAAAAGUUUCGCUCAAGAGGCUUCCUCAAAUGCCACAUGAAGAACCACCCGGACCAUCUGCUUAAGAAGAAGUACCAGUGUACAGACUGUGACUUUACCACCAACAAGAAGCUCAGUUUCCACAACCACUUGGAGAGUCACAAGCUGCUGAGUCACAACAACGAGCGCUCUCCAGAAUACAGUGAGUACACGCGGCGCUACCAUGAGUCCAGCCCCUUGGGCUCUGACAAGCUCAUCGUCAAGGACCGGGAGCCCAAACUGCACCACUGCAAGUACUGCGACUAUGAGACAGCUGAACAGGGCCUGCUCAACCGUCACCUGCUGGCUGUUCACAGUAAGAACUUUGCUCAUGUGUGCGUCGAGUGCGCCAAGGGCUUCCGCCACCCGUCAGAGCUGAAGAAACACAUGCGGACCCACACAGGCGAGAAGCCCUACCACUGCCCGCACUGCGAGUUCCGCUGUGCAGAUCAGUCCAAUCUUAAGACUCACAUCAAGAGCAAGCAUGGGGCAGAUCUGCCUUUCAAGUGCAGCCACUGUCCCCAAGCAUACGCUGACGCACGGGAACUCCAGCGUCACAUAGAGAUGGUGCAAGGCCACAAGACCCACCAGUGUCCACACUGUGAACACAAGAGCACCAACUCCAGUGACCUGAAACGACACAUUAUCUCUGUUCACACCAAGGACUUCCCCCAUCAGUGUGACGUGUGUGAGAAAGGCUUUCACAGGCCCUCGGAGUUGAAGAAACACGCGGAGACACACAAGGGCAACAAGGUGCACCAGUGCCGGCAUUGUAACUUCAACGCUCCCGAUACCUUCACUUUGAGUCGCCACAUCCUGUCCUUGCAUACGAAGGACCUCCCCUUUAAGUGCAAGCGCUGCCGGCGAGGCUUCCGGCAGCCCGCUGAGCUGAAGAAGCACAUGAAGACACACAGUGGUAGAAAAGUUUAUCAGUGCCAGUAUUGUGAGUAUAACAGUACGGACGCUUCUGGCUUCAAACGCCACGUCAUCUCCAUUCACACCAAGGACUACCCCCAUCGCUGCGACUACUGCACCAAGGGCUUUAGAAGGCCUUCGGAGAAGAGCCAGCACAUAGCCAGGCACCACAAAGACAUGUUGAUGUAAUGUCAUCACACACACACACACACACACACACACACACACACACAAACACACAAACACUCCUCUUUCCCGAGUAAAUCUGUGUCACACACUCAGAGGUAAUUUUAGUGUAUUAACAAAGAAAUGACGGAUGUAUGCUGUUGGUGAAGACGACAACAUUAUAAUUGCCGCUCUGUGUUCUGUGUUGUAAUGGGUGUAAACCUCCUCCCCCAGGGGUAAUGCAAGAACACAUUUUAGAUGGGGGUGAAGUCUAAAAAAGACAAUGUGUACACUGAGUGGGACAGCUGUAAAUUGUGUUUUGUUUCGUUGCAGAAAAUCACAUAUGAACAUAUAUUCAGGGUCUCAAAUGUCUAUAUUUUUAUACCCACUCAGCUGAAAUGCUGCAAGAUGAUGACUGUGUGCUGUAAAACAGAAAGUGGUGCUUUGUGAACGUCAUGCCAGUUCUUCAGAUGUGGAAUGAGUGCCGGAGAAGUUUACCUCCAUCGUACCAACUAGCAUCUCUUUUCCUUAUUAACCAGCUUUUACCCCAACAUUUGUUUUUCAAUGCCAUAUGGUCUUUAAGGGGCAAGGCCAUUCAUGAGUUCAUAAAUGGUUUUGAGUGAUGUUGACACACAUUACGCACCUUAAGAACAUAUUUCAGUAAGUCUAACAGUUGAACUUCCAUCAUUUUGGAUUUUCCUCCCAAGCCUGAACACUUGGAAUUCCAUUAAAUUAAUCAUGUAUGAUAUAGGCUGUGUUCUAUUAAAAAUGUCUUAAAAGUUGAAUCAGAAAUUUUCUGGUCUGAUCAGCAGUGUCUAACGAGGAGGAGAAAUGUUGCCAUUGGAAUAUUAGUAGAACAUCCCUUUAGUGUCCACAACACAUUUCCGAUAGUUCACAGGUGUAUUUAUAUGAACUUGACAGAUGGUCGGCUCGACGUUUGAUAACCCUUGACUUGGUUACAUCGGACUGCCACUGUACGCUGCGUAUGUGUGACGUUACCUUUGGCACAGAUGUGCUCUCUCAGCCAACCAUUUGAUUGCAAUCAUGCCUUACAUCUGUUGGUCUUUAUCCCUUAAGCACUGAUGAACACAGCUAAUCAGAAAAUAAGUGAUUUUUAACUCAAACAUGCUGCAUCAAUACCAUUCUCUCAGAGAUUGUGUGUUUGAGUCAGUAGAAAGCACUUUAAUACCUUUUUUUUGUAUUUUAAUUACAUGUGUGUACAUAUAUAUAUAUAGAUAUAUCUCUCUCUAUGUAUAUCUAUCUAUAUAUAUAUAUAUAUAUAUAUAAAUAUAUAUAUAAACUCUAGAUAAUAAACAAUUACAGAGCUUUGUGAGUUGGUAAAGGAAAAGUUUGUUUUGAGUGUUAUCUCUAGCAAGUGGGCACGAUCCAUUACUGCAUCCAAACUGAAUUUUAUUGAAAGUGGUGGGUGAAUCCAUUUAUUGUUUUGUUCUAUGGAUAAGUGAUUUGGUUUUGUGUUUUGUUUGUGCACACUAACACGUUUCCCCGACCCUCGUUCUACAGUCCUUCAUAAUACAACCCAAUCCCAAACAUGGGAUUAUUCCCUUGAAGUCAGUGGUCAUAUUGGCAUUAGUCUUUUAAAGUAUGCACACAUGCUGUCUCCAUGAAAUUAAUUGUGGUAUAUAUUAAAAAUCCCCGCAUUUCGUGUACCUUAGUCUAUAUUUUCUUUCAGUCUGAUUGUGGAUAGACUACUGGUGGGGAAGAACCAAAAUAAACAAUUAUCUUUUUA